AUGACUGUUGCAUGGGGCAAGCAACCACGCUGCCCAUUGCUUGGGAGCCACUCGCAGGAAACGGCUCCAAGCAUGCUCCCACGCCCACAUGCUUGGUCCGAUUGCACGGGCCCCCUUGCCCGACCGCCCGCCUGCACAUGCGCCGUGCCCACACGUCCUUCUUCCUGGGAACUGCCUGCCGGCGGUUGGCCGUUUUGGCUCCAAGCAUAUUUUCCUUUUGCUCCACAACCGCGGCGGAGGCGAGCACCGAAAAGCGUUCUACUCAUGUCCCUCAAGCUCGUGCUGUGCCUUCUUGCGGCAAGGGCUGGGGCCGAUCCGGUCCUCCUGGCAGAUGAUGAGUGCAAAGAUGGCGCCGAGACAUGCGCCCUGCAGGCGCUUCAGUUCAGAGGACAAAAGGUGGCUACCCUGACGGAGGAUGACUGCAGCAGCGGCGAGCUGCCGUCCACUGGCGAGCUGUGCUAUGAUGGCACCCUUCUGGUUGAGACCUUUAACGUGAAGGUGAUCAAGAGUGCUGGCUCCAGCGGAACACUCGACAUGAAGGCUGUCGGCCCGAUCCAGGGACAGUGCAAGGGGGCGGACUUCCAGAUGAACGGCAAUGAGCUGACAGUGGACGGUCUCGAGACUUGCGGAAUCACAGGUGCCGAGUACAAGGUGAAGUACUGCGCCAACACGGAUCAGUUCGUGGUGCAGGUGAUUAAGCCUAUGGCGAUCGACGUGGUGCUGAAACGCUCCACGUGCGCUGCCAGCUUGGCGGCCGUCGCAGUCCCCGCGCCCGUUGCGCCCAUGGGCCUCGUGGCGCAGGCGGAGUCAGAGCAGCUGGGCUGCUCCGGCUACGGGAAGUUCCCCAAGGGCCAUCUGUGCUACAAGGGCACUUUCUUGGUGGAGACCUUCUAUGUGAAGAUCUCCUCGAGCAACGGCGAAAGCGGCAGGGUGGACGUCAAGGCUGUGGGACCCAAGCAGGGCUCAUGCUACGGUGUGGGUUUCCGCAAGCAUGGCCAGACGGUGAGCCUCAACUAUGCAAAGUGCGGCUUCGACGGACUGGCUUUCUCCGUGAACUAUUGCUCGAGUAACGACAAGAUCGACGUCCGAGUCACAAGCCCCAUGGCUGCCAACGUCAUGCUUUCACGAACCUGGUGUGGUGUGGGAUCGAGCAUGGAGGAGAACACUACAGACACAGACGCGGCUGAGAUGGCGCUGGCGGACCUCACAGAGGAAGAGACAGAGCAGCUCGACCAAAUGGAGCAGGUGCAGCAGAGGGAGAUCGACCAGAGCAAUGGCGAGAUGGAUGACUGCAGCAGCGGCGAGCUGCCGUCCACCGGCGAGCUGUGCUAUGAUGGCACCCUUCUGGUUGAGACCUUUAACGUGAAGGUGAUCAAGAGUGCUGGCUCCAGCGGAACACUCGACAUGAAGGCUGUCGGCCCGAUCCAGGGACAGUGCAAGGGGGCGGACUUCCAGAUGAACGGCAAUGAGCUGACAGUGGACGGUCUCGAGACUUGCGGAAUCACAGGUGCCGAGUACAAGGUGAAGUACUGCGCCAACACGGAUCAGUUCGUGGUGCAGGUGAUUAAGCCUAUGGCGAUCGACGUGGUGCUGAAACGCUCCACGUGCGCUGCCAGCUUGGCGGCCGUCGCAGUCCCCGCGCCCGUUGCGCCCAUGGGCCUCGUGGCGCAGGCGGAGUCAGAGCAGCUGGGCUGCUCCGGCUACGGGAAGUUCCCCAAGGGCCAUCUGUGCUACAAGGGCACUUUCUUGGUGGAGACCUUCUAUGUGAAGAUCUCCUCGAGCAACGGCGAAAGCGGCAGGGUGGACGUCAAGGCUGUGGGACCCAAGCAGGGCUCAUGCUACGGUGUGGGUUUCCGCAAGCAUGGCCAGACGGUGAGCCUCAACUAUGCAAAGUGCGGCUUCGACGGACUGGCUUUCUCCGUGAACUAUUGCUCGAGUAACGACAAGAUCGACGUCCGAGUCACAAGCCCUAUGGCUGCCAACGUCAUGCUUUCGCGAACCUGGUGUGGUGUGGGAUCGAGCAUGGAGGAGAACAUCACAGAUGCAGAUGUGAAGUCAGAUGAGCUGGCACUGGCGGAUUUUGCCAAUGAGCAGACCGACCAGAGCUUUCAGCUUGCAGCGCAGAUGGAGGAUGACUGCAGCAGCGGCGAGCUGCCGUCCGAUGGCGAGCUGUGCUAUGAGGGCACCCUGCUGGUCGAGACCUUUUCCGUGAAGGUGCUCAAGAGCGCUGGCUCCAGCGGAACGCUCGAUAUGAGCGCUGUUGGACCGAUUGCGGGGCACUGCAAGAAUGCAGGCUUCGAGAUGACCGGCAACGAUGUGACGGUGGACGGUCUUGAGACUUGCGGAAUCACGGGUGCCGAGUACAAGGUGAAGUACUGCGCCAACACGGACCGGCUGGUGGUGAAGGUUAUGAAGCCCAUGACCAUCGACGUGGUGCUGAACCGCACCAAGUGCGCAACCGUCACCUCCGACGGCACCUGUGUGAAGGAGAGCGAGGUGCCGUGCUGCCCUGAUGGCAGCUGCACGGACCGGUGCACAGGCACACAGUGCUGUCCCUCUGCAGAGGGUUCCCGCACAUGCCCAUCAGCUUCAACUGUGGAGGUCUCGAUAUGUGCCUUGGGAAAGAAGUAUGAUUGCACCGGCACCACGGGUAUUGCUCCACCGGGCAGAGUCGAUGGAGAGUGCGAGUUUCCAAAUCCGCCCGCAAUGGGGUACUACUGGGACCCUUUCUGUUUCUUCGGGCAACUGGGCUGUUUCGCCGAUGGUGUCAACGUUGAGUGCCGCUUCUGCGGCGAUGGCGCCUUCGCGGAAGUCACUUGUGUGACAACCACGACUACCACCGCAGCGACAACGACUGUUUCCACCACAAUCACCACCACCACCGCAGGUGAGUGUGCAGCCCUUGGCGGAGGGCUGAAGCAAUGCUCGGACGAUGGUUGCACGGUGUUGGCCGGGGGGAUGCUCUCGAGGACUUGCAGGCAGUACUGCCUGGAGCACCACCUGGACUGUGUGGCCGCGUGGGAAGACAGCGAUGAUGACUGCAACAUUUUGGCCUCGCUGACCUGCGACCAGAUCUAUGACGGCACCCCGGAUCUGAUCUGCCAAUGCGCCCCCCUGCCGCCGCCCCCCGCAGUGUGGAUCCAGAAUGCUCAGGGCCAUUGCCUGAUGGCCCAGGAGUUCAAUCGGAGCGGAGCUGCUGUCAAGCUGCACCCGUGUCUCGAUCCAGCGGUGCCUGCUGAGCAAUGGAUUCAUUUCCCAUCAGGGCAGCUGAAGAACCCCAGGGAAGAUAUGCGCUGCUUGCACGUUGCAGAGCUGAACACCCCAGGUUCGCUGCUUGUGAUGUGGCAAUGCAGCGCAGAUGAGCCAGCCCAAAAUUUCACCAUGGAUGCGGAGACCGGGCAAAUGCGCAUAGGCGGACUCUGUUUGGAGUCGCGAAGCGGAGCUGAGAUACUGGACGUGGUGACGGCGGCGUGUGGGGCGAGUUCAAACCAGUUCUUCCAGUGGGGCGAGAGCCAGUACAUGACCACCACCACCACCACGGUCGGGUGGACCGACGGCGUCUGGGGCCGGCCCACGAGCAGCAGCUCUGGGCUUUGGCAGCACCGCGAGGGCCACUGCGUGUCAUCGCAGUUGCUCAUGGCAAACUGUGAUGCAACGAGUGCUGCGCAGUUUUUUGCCUACAAUCAAUCUCUGCUGCAAAUUGCCGCUGGCGGACUCUGUUUGGAGGCCGAGAGCAGCUCCGGGGGCUUGUCAAUGAGGACCUGCGAUCCUACCAGUGAGGCACAGCACUUUGCAUACAACGUCCAUGCUGGCCUCGUUUGGAACAGGCAAUCCCAAUGCGUCACAGCAGCUGAUCCCUUUCAAACAGGCUUGAGCCUUCACCUCGAACCGUGCAACGCCACCAAGAACAGUCAGCUUUGGUUCCUCAACUCCAUCGCCACCACAACCUUGGCCCCUGUGAGGGUGGGAUUCCACGUUCUGCAGCAGAAUGGCCUUUGUCUUGCCGCCAAAGAUAACUCGUCCAGGAGCUGCCUGGAAAUGCGGCAAUGCAAGAAAGAGGAUGACGCGCAGUUGUGGUUCUACAACGAGCAGUGGCACCACUUCGAGAAUGGCUUCGGUAAGUGCUUGAUGGCUCCUCACGCAGGUGGCGUUUUGAAGGCCAAGAUCUCUUUCACGCCCGUAGAUGGGGGCGAGUCAAGAGCCUGCCGGGGCACUUCUGCAAGUGAUUUUGGGUCCAGCAACUACCUGCCCUUUCUGGGCAUUGACUCGCUGGAUACCUGCAAAGACCUGUGCAGAGAGAGGGCAUCCUGCACCGGAAUUGAAUUCAACCCAUUCAUGAAGCGCUGCGAAGUGUGGAUCAAGCCAGUGGGUAUGACAGUUGGUGCAUACAACUUCUCAUGCUAUGCGGCAUCCCUGGAAGAUCCUACACUCGCCAUCUUCGAGGCUGUCGAUGGCGGGGUUGGCCGGGUAUGCCGUGGAGACAACCCAGGUGACAACGCCGCCAGCUACUACACUCAAAGCUGGGCUGAGUCGCAAGAGGAUUGCCAACGACAAUGUUCCAUGGCGACUGGCCACUGCACAGGUUUUGAGUUCCACAAGUUCGGGAGAUGUGAGCUGUGGUCAAAGCCAGUUGGCUCCAGUGCCGGUAUAAGCGGAUAUAGUUGUCGUGCGCUUGCAACCGUGAUCAUGCAAGACUGCAACUCCAGCGACUUUCGCCAGAUGUGGCAGAUGGACAAUGAAGGUCAUAUCUCGUCUUUGAAGGACGGAGCCUGCCUGGAUGCCGUCAAUGAUGGUGUCGGUGGUCGCGUGCGCUUGCUGACCUGCAGCGCCAUGGAUGCGAGCCGGACAUGGUCCACGGAGACCGUGCAAGUGGAGCAGCAAAAUGCCGUCACCAGCUAA